GUCACCAGGGGAGGGUGUGUCGGGAAGGACCGGUUGAGCCGAGCAGAGCGGCGCCUGCAAGAGGCUGGAGCGGCGGGAAGGUGGGUCCCGCGCUCCGGCGCCGGGGCAGCCUUAGGCCCUCUCUGCGCCUAGGAGCCGCUGCCGGGGGGAGGUGGCAGUGGUGGUAGCUGGAGCUUCGACCUUGACCGGACCGAGCCCUGUGGUGGACGCAGGGUGGAGGCCGAGCAGGCCGGCUGCAGGCGCAUCUGGCGCUGGGCACCUAGGUCGGCCGGGGUCUAUAGUCCGGAGCUGCAGGAGCAGCGCGGCGGGAGCUGGGCGAGCCGGCUGGUGCCAGGCGGACCGCGCCGGGAGCCGGGCCUCGGGAACGGGGAGGGGCGCGGCCACGCGCUUCCCGGCGGCAGUUUCUGCGCUCCAGCCUGCGGCUCGGGCGUCCCGGGGACUCCGGCACGGCGGCGGGGCUCCCGACGGCUCAGGGCCACCUCCUCUGCCCGCGGGUCACCGCCCACCCCAGCCCCACCCUCGCGGCGCCAGCCUCCCGGUGCAGCCGUGGGCGCCGUCCUAGGGGCAGAGCGCGCCCCAGGAGCGCGGGGACAUGCGGUCCGAGAAGUCCCUCGCGCUGGCGGCGCCGGGGGAUGCCCGGGGUCCGGACGGGGAGCCGCAGGACGCCGCAGACUUCCCUGAGGCUGGCGGCGCCGGGGGCUGCUGCAGCAGCGAGCGGCUGGUCAUCAACAUCUCCGGGCUGCGCUUCGAGACGCAGCUGCGCACUCUGUCGCUGUUCCCCGACACGCUCCUGGGGGACCCGGGUCGCCGCGUCCGCUUCUUUGACCCGCUCCGAAACGAGUACUUCUUCGACCGCCACCGGCCCAGCUUCGACGCCAUCCUCUACUACUACCAGUCCGGGGGCCGCCUGCGCAGGCCGGUCAACGUGCCCCUGGACAUCUUCCAGGAGGAGAUCCGCUUCUACCAGCUCGGCGACGAGGCUCUAGCGGCCUUCCGGGAGGACGAGGGCUGCCUGCCGGAAGGUGGAGAGGAUGAGAAGCCGCUGCCCUCCCAACCCUUUCAGCGCCAGGUGUGGCUGCUCUUUGAGUAUCCCGAGAGCUCGGGCCCCGCCAGGGGCAUCGCUAUCGUCUCCGUGCUGGUCAUCCUUAUCUCCAUUGUCAUCUUCUGCCUGGAGACGCUGCCACAGUUCCGGGCAGAGGGUCGCGGGGGAAGCAGUGAUGGUGUAAGUCGAGUGGCCCCAGCUUCCAGAGGCAGUCAGGAGGAGGAGGAGGACGAGGAUGAUCCCUAUACCUUUCAUCGUGGCAUUGCCCCAGGAGGCCUGGGGACAGGGGGUUCACCCUCACUCAGUACUCUUGGGGGCUCCUUCUUUACAGACCCCUUCUUCCUGGUGGAGACUCUGUGCAUUGUGUGGUUCACGUUUGAGCUCCUUGUGCGCUUCUCUGCCUGCCCUAGCAAGCCGGCCUUCUUCCGAAACAUCAUGAACAUCAUUGACUUGGUGGCCAUCUUCCCCUACUUCAUCACCCUGGGCACGGAGCUGGUGCAGCAACAGGAGCAGCAGUCAAUGAGUGGAGGGGGUGGCCAGAACGGGCAGCAGGCCAUGUCCCUGGCCAUCCUCAGGGUGAUCCGCCUGGUCCGGGUGUUCCGCAUCUUCAAGCUCUCCCGCCACUCCAAGGGGCUGCAGAUCCUGGGCAAGACCUUGCAGGCCUCUAUGAGGGAGCUGGGGCUGCUCAUCUUCUUCCUCUUCAUCGGAGUCAUCCUCUUCUCCAGCGCCGUGUACUUUGCAGAGGCUGAUGAUGGCGAUUCACUCUUCCCCAGCAUCCCAGAUGCCUUCUGGUGGGCAGUGGUCACUAUGACCACUGUGGGCUACGGGGACAUGUACCCCAUGACUGUGGGGGGCAAGAUUGUGGGUUCUCUGUGUGCCAUUGCUGGGGUCCUCACCAUUGCUCUGCCCGUCCCAGUCAUCGUCUCCAACUUCAACUACUUCUACCACCGAGAGACGGAGCAGGAGGAGCAAGGACAGUAUACCCAUGUCACUUGCGGGCAGCCCACGCCCGACCUGAAGGCGACUGACAAUGGACUUGGGAAACCAGACUUCUCUGAGGCUGCCCGGGAACGGAGACCCAGCUACCUGCCCACUCCACAUCGGGCGUAUGCAGAGAAAAGGAUGCUCACUGAGGUUUGACCUACGUCCUGCAGGAGACCCAGGUCUUGCGGGAGAAGGGACGUGCUGAGCAGACCAUCUCUGAGGCUUAAUUCUCAUCUCCACAACUCUCCCCCUUGACUCCUGCCCCUAGAUCCUAUACAAGGCAUCCAGGCAAGGCAAACACUUGGACUAACAGCCUUGUUGCUUGAUCCCUGCAGCAUUCAAGGUUCAUCCACCUGAGUGACAUUUUUGAAAUUCCAAUGGUGCCAUCCAGUCAUGUCCAUCUUCUGUCACAUGGAUGAGAUGUACAUUUAAAUCUGACCUUCCCUGAAGACUCUGAUUUCUCAUUUCUGGGACUCCUAGUAUCUCUAGGAAGAGCCAUGUCAAUAGAACAGAAGCCAGCCAUACUCAGGUCCUGUCUGUCUCCAUAGUGUUUGUUUUGAGGCAUGCACUUGUCUUACCUUCUUCUGGUCACCCAGUACGUGGUACCUCACAGGAGCUGGAGGACGGAAACAGUAUUCAACUUGCUGUUUUAUUCCUGUACUCUGUAACAUCUGCCGACCAUCCUGCAGAAGACACUUGCUAGAGCAUUUAGCUGCACAGCUUUAACGUGUAUUAGUUUUGGUGGAACUACAGAAAAAUACAGUUAAAUAAGACCAUUUGAAUUUUCCCAGGUGUGAGCCUGCAUCAGCAGACACCGGUGCUUGGCUGAGACUUAGUCCUCCUCAUACUCAUCCUUGAUUGUCUCUUGAGCUUCCAGGAAGGCUCUUUCUCAGAGCCAAAUACUCUUUUGUGCAAGUGCCUUCCUGUGCAGAGGGAUUGGAAGAGAAAACCACAGAGCCAGGAGAAAUGGCUGCAUACGGACUUGACCACAAACCUGAACUGUCAUCUUGGAGUGGAAGCGGGAUCUGACUGUAGGCAAUAGUUUUUCCAUGAUCAUUUUCCCCAACCCUCUCGAAACCCUCUACCCUUUUUCCAGGGACUCUGACUUAAGGUUGCAGUGGAAGUCUUUCUAAAGCAACCUCACCUUCAAUCUGCAGAGUCGAAAGCACAUGUUGGCUGCCAGCCUAGGCUUCUUCCCGUUUCAUGGGCAAUAAGGUAUGGUUUAGGGUCAGAAACACACAGCACUCCUCUGCUGACAGCCCCACUGCUCUUGCUGAUGAGGCAGACAUUCUCCUUGCCUGCCCCGGAGCUGCGCGUGGUCUGCUCUGCCUGCUAAGGUAAUGUGGGGCACCCUCCUUCCAUCCGUCCCAAACCUCUAUUCUCCCUCCUGGUAACAUCACUGUUCCUUUUUUUUUUUUUUUUUUGCCUUUCAUGAACUGCGCUGUACCACUCUGAUCUCUCCUGGGUGCAGUUCUGAAACCAAAGGGACUGUUAACACAUUUAGAAUUUUCUAUCUAUGCUGUAAGACUCUGAUGAGAACGUGGUUUUUUUUUUUUUAGAAAAUUAUUUUUUCGAAGAGUGACAGCUCUUCCAGGGACAGCUUUUUGAAGGUCCACUUGAGGGGCUUCUGUGAGUGCCAGAUCCAAAUCUGGAUUUUGCUGCAGCGUAACUGUGGUGAGAUAGUCCCUCUUUGUGCCUCAGUUUCCCUGUCUAUUAAAUGGGAACAUCAAUGUCUUUCCCUCCCUACCUCAUGGGGAAUGUCAAUGAACUUAUCCAGGAAUCCGGGGAAGACACUAUGCAAUUAUAGUAAUGAAUUUGAUUUUUAGUUAUCACUUGGUCUCCCUAUCUUCCAGGGGCAAGGUUUCCCUCUAAAGGUUCUGCCUUGGAUUAAGAGCCCAAGAAAUACACCAUUAGUUCCUAAAUCUCUCCUUGUUCUCUUGGCCUGGGCUUCCAUAUUUUUUCUUCAAAAUGGAGAAUGCUCUUUAUAUAGAUGUGGUGGGAUCCUUCUAGGGAUGGAGGUCAUCUUGCUUGGGAGCUUGCCUUUCCAAUCCUGAAAUAUAGUAGGACACAAAGGUGUUUGUGAAUCAGAGGCCAGAAAGUGCUCUUUUUCCAAAUUGCUUCAGUGACUCCUGGCUCUUUAGUGGAGAAGGGCCCACUCCAGGGGCCAGUGGGAUGCUCCCAGCUGAGGGUAAAUGUUGGAACCUGGGUCUGUGUAUCUCUACAUGUGUGUGUGAUCAUCCUCAUCACCAUCCCUAAGCAAACAUUGCCUUUUCAAGUCAGAGCAUGCCUGAGAGUAGAAGGAUUGUGGAAAGCCAGGCUCUCCAGGGACUUUGGUUGCCGUAGCAACCUUCCAGACUGUUCUCUCUAUCUUCUGAUUCGAGUAUCAAGGGAGAACACAUCACAUCUUUCCAGCUUCUCAAAUGAGAGCACUCCCCAUCUAUUGGUUUAGGGGCAGAUACAGCCAAGACAGGGGCACAAGAGCUUGGAAACUGUGGAGAAAGCUCACCCCCAACACUUCUCUGGACCUUUCUUCUUGGUUUUCUCAUGAAGACCUCGAGCUGCCUCAUCUUACUCCUGAGUAUAAUAUGCUAAGCAACUGCCCAGUUGAAUCAUUGUCAAUAUUAUGAUUUUAAAAUGACAAGGGAGUCUUUGAACAAGACAACUUAUUAUUCCUCAUUCAGCAGCCACACUGGGUUUUGCUGAGAAUAAUACUAGUCUUAGGUAUCUUGGAGUUCUCAGCUCCUCAGACAGAGGCUCUUCUAAGCUCUCAGAGAGACGGAGGAAAAUGAAACUCCUUCCUCCCGGGGAACAGUCUGGCUCCUGAAAAAACUCUCAUAGGUGGUCCUUCUUGAAUCUCAGAAGGAAAACAGAACUGGUGGCUCCACUUGGUUUCUAUGUAGGAUUUUGUUCUCCCUCUGGCCUGGGGCAUCUCCAUGUGGAUGUGAAUAUCAGGAGACUGUGCACUGUUUGUUGCUGUGACAGCGGGCACUGGCAGUCACGGCUGCCAGGAAACGUGGAGUCCAUGCUAUCUUCACACCCGACUCGAGCCAGCGGGGCUUCCAGAGGACUUCCUGGGACUGCCAACCUCGACCAGUGAUGAAAGCUGCUCCUCCUGCCUGGGUAUCCCCAAGGAGCAAGGAGGGACAGCUGGCUGCUUCUGCACCUGAGAUGCUGCAGCAAUUCUAGGCCACAGGUCCUCACACAGCAUGACUGGAGGCUGAGUCUUUGGAAGAAGGAGCGGAACCUCCCUAGCCAUCUCCACCAGCCUUUCCUUAGACUAUGAUUAGGAUAACCCUAACCAGGAUUGGCAGAGAGGGGACAGUGGUGUCUCAGUGACCCAAGCGGGGAGACCUGUACAGGCGUGUCCCACAGGAGUAGGACAGAGAAGGCUGGAGCCUUUCCUGUCACUGGAAGAUGGGCCUCUCCUUGCGUGACUACACCUGACGCCUCCCUCAAGAAGCAAUCGGGAUGGAAAGGACAGAGCCCGGAGCCCCUGGAACUCAAGAUGGGCAGGAUGCUGGCGAGAAGCUGCAGGAGGGCAGCAGCAGCUGCUGGUGUGGCAUGGGAGGAUGGCGUUUCUAAAGCGUGCGGCUGUGCUGCAGGGCCUCCUGGCCGUGGGCUGGCUGUGGAGUAACAAAUAAAUAAAUGGCAGAGUCUCA